UGGCAGAUUUUUAAGAUUACCUAUUUUGCUCAUUUAAAAGUUAUUAAUUUUAUCAAUCAAGAUGGUAGUUUUGGAAGAAGAAAGUGGUGAUGGACAAUCAAUUACAACCGAAGAAGGAGAAAAAAUUGAUAACAAGAUAACCAGCUCGUUAUCUUUAGAAAUAUUUCGCAUUAUCAAAGAUGCACAGCAGCAGCACGGUCUCCGUCAUGGGGAUUAUCAGAGAUAUAGAGGAUAUUGUUCCCGGCGAAUCAGGCGUUUACGGAAAGUGCUUAAAAUUCCACAGGGUGAUCGACGACAUUACCGCCGGAAAGAUGUUACUACAACUCAUUUAACAUCUGCGACAUCUGAAAAUCGAUUGCUAUGUGUACCAUUGCUUCAAGCGGAACGUGCCUGGGCUCAUGCAAUGCAAUUACGCCAAGAAGCCAAUACUGAGCCAAGAAAGAAGUUUCAUCUUGUCUCUAGACUAAAGAAAGCAUGUUCCCAUGCACAUAUGUUGUUGCAGUUAUGUGAGCAAAGCGGCGUAUGCGACGCGCGCACGCAGCUGGAGGCGGGCGCGUACGCGGCGUGGCUGAGCGGCGCGCUGCUGGUGGAGCUGCAGCAGUGGCGCCCCGCCGCGGAGAGCCUCAAGCGCGCGCAGAUCGUGCUCGAGAAGCUGUGCGCCGCGCUGCCGGAGGACGAGCGCGCGGUGUACAAGCAGAAGGUUGAAGAGCUGAAUCCGAGCCUUCGUUAUUGCGCGUACAAUAUCGGCGACGAAUCGGCGGCCGGUGAUCUGGUUGCUAUGCGCGGUCAAGGGCUCAUCGAAAACUUGGACUCUUUGAUGGCUCAAGCUAAGGAAUCGCGUUCUGGCGUGAUGCAUGAAGUGGAAUGGCGAGGUCGUCGAGUGACAGUACGGCCGGAAAAGGUGCGACUCUUCCUCAUCGCGCUGCAAGAUCUGGACAAGUCCGUAGAAAACGCGACCACCAGCCAAGCCAAGAUCGAUAUCCUCGAGAAUAUACUGAUGGACUGCAAGGACGCCAUAUCGGCCAUCAAGGAUGAAAUCAAAAACGAUCCCAAGCUAAAGUCCGCGUCCGAGACACAAAUGUCCGGAAUCAACUAUCUGCUCUCGUACUUGAUGUAUAUUAGACUCAUGCGCACGAUCCAUAGAAACAAUCUGAUGAUCCAACAAGCUGAGGAUGCGCGCAAGAAGAACACGCCGAUCGAUGGGAAGAAAGUGCGCCCGCAAGAUUUGACCAGAUUGUACGAGAUCAUCUUGCAAAACUAUACGGAAUUACAGCAACUGCCUGGUUUCGAGGAAGACAGUGCGUAUCAAAAAGAUGUGGAAACCGAAGUGAAAGCCUACAAGGCUUUCCGCUGCUAUUAUAUAGCUCAAGUGUUGACCACUUUGAGACGUUUUAGAGAAGCUUUGGCGAUGCUCGAGCGGUGCAGUGCUUACACUGCAGAGUCGAUCGCGAAUAAACAUCAAGAUAAGCAUUUAUUGGACAAAUUGCAAUCGCUUCAAAAAGACAUAGAGACUUGUAAAUUCGAAGUGCACGCUGAUUCUGUCCUCGAAGACGAAGAUGAUGAUGAGGAAAUUAAAUACACCUCCAGUGGCAAGCCAUACAAAGACAAGAAGCCGCUAGUCGACCGUUUGGAUGAAUAUCGCGAAGAUACCCAAGUUCUGACGAAGAAUCCCAACAUUUAUAAACUUCCCCCACCUAUGGAAGCUGUACCGUGUAAACCUUUGUUCUUUGAUCUUGCGUGCAAUUUCAUUGAAUUCCCCAACUUGGACGACAAAACUGGCGUCGCAAACAAGAAGCAAGGAGCCGGUAUCACUGGACUCGUUAAAGGUUUCUUGGGCUGGGGCAAGGGAGGCCAAUAACAUUGUCACAACUGGUGAAAGGAAAAAUAUUACAAAAGCAUUUGUAUUUGUUGCUUGUUUUAAUAUAUUUGUCCAUGAAA